UCGGUCGCAAGUGCGGCCUGCCCCCCACUUCAGCCUCCUCCAGACUCCGAGGACUCACAGUGCCCGAGUGGUUCUGCAGCAGCAACAAAGUCGUCAGGCGCAGACUAUGCCAGCCUGGAUGCAGUGACUUCGGUCGCAAGUGCGGCCUGCCCCCCACUUCAGCCUCCUCCAGAUUCCGAGGACUCACAGUGCCCGAGUGGUUCUGCAGCAGCAACAAAGUCGUCAGGCGCAGACUAUGCCAGCCUGGAUGCAGUGACUUCGGUCGCAAGUGCGGCCUGCCCCCCACUUCAGCCUCCUCCAGACUCCGAGGACUCACAGUGCCCGAGUGGUUCUGCAGCAGCAACAAAGUCGUCAGGCGCAGACUAUGCCAGCCUGGAUGCAGUGACUUCGGUCGCAAGUGCGGCCUGCCCCCCACUUCAGCCUCCUCCAGACUCCGAGGACUCACAGUGCCCGAGUGGUUCUGCAGCAGCAACAAAGUCGUCAGGCGCAGACUAUGCCAGCCUGGAUGCAGUGACUUCGGUCGCAAGUGCCGCCUGCCCCCCACUUCAGCCUCCUCCAGAUCCCGAGGACUCACAGUGCCCGAGUGGUUCUGCAGCAGCAACAAAGUCGUCAGGCGCAGACUAUGCCAGCCUGGAUGCAGUGACUUCGGUCGCAAGUGCGGCCUGCCCCCCACUUCAGCCUCCUCCAGACUCCGAGGACUCACAGUGCCCGAGUGGUUCUGCAGCAGCAACAAAGUCGUCAGGCGCAGACUAUGCCAGCCUGGAUGCAGUGACUUCGGUCGCAAGUGCGGCCUGCCCCCCACUUCAGCCUCCUCCAGACUCCGAGGACUCACAGUGCCCGAGUGGUUCUGCAGCAGCAACAAAGUCGUCAGGCGCAGACUAUGCCAGCCUGGAUGCAGUGACUUCGGUCGCAAGUGCCGCCUGCCCCCCACUUCAGCCUCCUCCAGAUCCCGAGGACCCACAGUGCCCGAGUGGUUCUGCAGCUGCAACAAAGUCGUUAGGCGCAGACUAUGCCAGCCUGGAUGCAGUGACUUCGGUCGCAAGUGCGGCCUGCCCCCCACUUCAGCCUCGUCCAGACUCCGAGGACUCACAGUGCCCGAGUGGUUCUGCAGCAGCAACAAAGGUGGUGGGCACAGACCGUGUCAGCUUGGAUGCUGCAACUUUCAUUGCAGUUGCAAGCAAUGUCGUCUACCCAGGUUCAGAUGUUACAGUGGUUACGCCGCUGGCACCUGAUGUACACGCCCAGCUUUUAAGAAGAAUUCACCAGCUUGAACCCCAAAACAAGAUCUUAAAAUGCAGAGCCAGUUCAUCCAAGCGGAAAUGUGAACAGCUGGAAGCUGGUUUGAAAAGGGUGUUCAAUCCUGAUCAGAUUCAGGCCUUGUCCCGACAAAGCAACAGAGGAUGCAAGUGGUCGAAAGAAACAAUCAAAGAAAGCCUUCAACUUCAUUUCGCCUGUGGUGCAACGGGUUACGACAUGCUCCGUUCAAAAUCGCUUCCACUACCAGCAGCGAGGACAUUGCGACAAAGGAUUCAAGGCCUCAAAUUUGAACCUGGUGUUUUGGGCGAAGUUUUUAACCUCAUGAAGUCUAAAGUGGAACUACUCAAUGAAAAGGAGAAGAAAUGUGUUUUGAUGUUGGACGAAAUGGCUAUCGUCCCAAAAGUCGAGUAUGACUCAAGUACAGGAUCAAUUCGGGGAUACUCCACCCUGCAAGUGCCUAGUGUAAGCGGCUCAACUCUGGCGACGCAUGCCUUGGUCAUCAUGAUAGCGGGUGUGUCCUCAAGGUGGAAGCAGGUUGUAGGCUACCAUUACACAGGAAAUUCAUUCAAUGGGGAUGAUGCAGCAAAAAUGGUACUUGAAAUAAUAAGAAAAUGUGAUGACAUGGGCCUUCAUGUUGUAGCCAUUACAACAGAUAUGGGGUCAGGGAACAGGGCAAUGUGGAAAUAUUUUGGAAUCAGUGCUGGGAAGUACAGCAGGGUGUCGAACAAGUUCAAGCACCCUUGCCGAGAAGAUGCCGAUAUAGCUGUGCUAGCUGAUGUGCCGCAUGUAGCGAAAAAUCUCUGUGGGCAUCUUCUUCGGAAGCAAAAAAUCACUCUCAGUGACGCAGUCGUUGCGGAAAAUAAUUUGAACUCCAAUAUCGUAACAAUCCAACCGGUGGUGAGGCUAAUAGAAUUCCAGGAGCAACAGACCUUCAAGCUGGCACCGAAUCUCCAAAAAGAACUCCUGGAACCGAACCAGUUUGAAAAAAUGAAGGUUAGCAAUGCACUGAGAAUACUGAGCCGCUCCACAUCCAGUGCUCUUCGGUUCAUGGUGGAGAACUACGGCUGGGAGAAGGACGUCCUGACAACAGCUUGGUUUAUUGAACAUGUGAACCGAUGGUUUGAGUUAAUGAGUAGCCGACACCCCACAACGACAUUGAGCUUCUUUGAUUCAGAGCGGUACUCGGAAGCAUUAACCUUCCUGAACAAGUUCAAGGACAUGUUCACGUCGUUGAAAAUCGACACGGGGACUUUCAAGCCUGUUCAAACAGGAGUAAUCUUGUCAACCUCCUCGAUACUCUACCUUCAAGACCUGCUACUCCAUGAGGAGGGGUUUACCUUUGUUUUAACCUCAAGGUUCACGCAAGACAGUCUCGAAAACUUCUUUUCAUCUGUCCGACGUCGUAACCCCAUUCCAACCCCGGUUGAGUUCAAAUCAGCCUUGAGGAUCAUAACACUGUCCCAGUAUUUGAAACCUGUCAGGAACAGCUCCUACGAAUUGGAUGAUGAGGCAUUUUAUCUAGCAGACUUAUCUGACAUCCCCGAAGCAACCAGGGUUGAGCCUGUCGAAACGGAUGAAGAUGAUCCACCAACAGUCACAGAGCUCUCGGAGAGUAACUCUUUUUAUUACUACUGUGGAUAUAUAGUAUCGAGAGUUGUCAAAAAUGAUUCGGUGUGCGACGAGUGCAUAGCUGCUGUGAAAGCUGUUGAAGGCCAGACAGUUCUGGGUAACCUCACACGUCUAAAAGCGUACAAAGAGGGCUGUCUGGUCUUUAUCUCUGACAGUGUCUUGGAACUUCUGACUAGGUGUGAGGCAACAUUCACCGCGCGCAUCUCAUCACUGUUGAACUCCAGUAAUAUUGCAAAUACACUGGCGGCUGAAAUGAAAGCUCGCAACCACAGCCUUCCGGAAUGCCAUGACAUUGCUGGGAAAAUCAUUGGGCGUUUCUGUCGGGCUAGAGUGAGGCUUUAUGUAAAAGAACUGUCCAAAAAAGAGCUCAACAAGAAAACUGUUGGUACUGACCUUUCAAGCAAGUCAAUGGCAGCACCAAGGAGGCGCUAAGUAACGAGGUCAACCAAGUUUAUCGCGUCAUUAGUUUACGUCGUGUCGCAAGAUUCCGACCGCUUUUACAAAGUGUUAUGAUCAGUGUUAUGUUUCAAAAUAUCUAACCAGUAAAUGGAACUAAUUUUAUUGCCAGAUCUGGUCGAACUGGUAAAUAAAGCUUUAUUCCCUC